AAAAGGGGAGCAACAGGAAGCAAGCAACUAGUGCUUAGUAGUCCUCCUCACCCCUAAAGAACCAGAAUAAAGUAAGGCCGGGAUCAUAUUGUUCCUGCAGAUCCACUCAACUACAGAGCCGAAAGCCUGCACGCCAGCUGUUGGUCUGGAUUCAGGUCCUGGUUCUGGUUUCAUGAGGAUGACUUCUUUAUAAUAAGCUUCAUAAGCUUGCCUACAUUACAGAAAAGAACCAGACGUGCGCCAUGGCCCAGGGCGCCAGCUUCCCCUACGAGGAGGUGGCGGAGAUCGGAGGCGGGGCCUACGGGACCGUGUACAAGGCCCGGGACACGGAGAGCGGGAAGUUCGUGGCGCUGAAGAGCGUCCGCGUGCAGACGGACCAGGACGGCCUGCCCAUCUCCACCGUCAGGGAGGUGGCGCUGCUCAAACGGCUGGAGCAGUUCGACCACCCCAACGUGGUCAGGCUGAUGGACGUGUGUGCCAUCCAGCGGACGGACUCAGAGACCAAAGUCACUUUAGUGUUUGAACACGUGGACCAGGACCUGAAGACCUACCUGGAGAAGGCUCCGGCUCCCGGCCUGUCCCAAGACCGCAUCAAGGACCUGAUGCGUCAGCUGCUGUGUGGCCUGGGCUUCCUGCACUCCAACCGCGUGAUGCACCGCGACCUGAAGCCGGAGAACGUGCUGGUGACCAGCGGGGGCCAGGUGAAGCUGGCCGACUUCGGCCUGGCCCGCAUCUACAGCUGCCACAUGGCCCUGACCCCCGUGGUGGUGACGCUAUGGUACCGGCCCCCUGAGGUGCUGCUGGGGUCCAGCUACGCGACGCCCGUGGACAUCUGGAGCACCGGUUGCAUCUUCGCCGAGAUGUUCCGACGCAAGCCGCUGUUCUGUGGAGAGUCUGAAAUGGACCAGUUGGGGAAGAUCUUUCAAGUCAUCGGCCUCCCGUCGGAGGAAGAAUGGCCCAAGGACAUCACCAUCACAAGAAAACAGUUCCUGCCUCCCAAUCACCCUCCAAUCACAGACUUUGUUCCGGAGUUGAGCGAGCAGGGGGCGGAGCUCUUGCUGGAAAUGCUCACCUUUGACCCGCUGCAGAGAAUAUCGGCUCUGAAUGCUCUGGAACACGAAUAUUUAAAGGAGGAGGAGACCGCGGACACGGAGGGGAGCACGAGAGAGGGCGACGCAGUCCCCUGACCUCAGCUGGCGCCGUCUGACUCGUUACCAUGCAAAGGAUCUAGGACUCUGGAUUAUGGGACACACACACACACACACACACACACACACACACACACACACACACACACACACACACACACACACACACACACACACACACACACACACACACACGCGCCUACCUAGCUACCUACAUACAUACGUACGUAUGUAUUGCAACCAUACAUAUAGACUAACAGACAGGCAAGCAUACUCCCAGUGGAUCUCUGAUACAGGCUGAGAAUGGAAUAUGAUGAUGAUGAAGAGGAGGGUAUUAAGGGGAUCUUCGUCAUCUGCUCAACAUGUAAAACGUUACAAAUGAUGAUUUAUGAGUUUUCUGAAUGAAUAAUGUCAGUGUUUUUUGUCGGUCGGGUUCCGCACCAGACGUUGAUAAGAGGCGGCUCUUGUAUUCCAUGAUCAUUCCGUUUGGCCGACGCUGCGUCACUCACUGAGCAGGACGUCUGCCAAGCUAAACAUGUGAGUGACCUCACGGUCUCUACACACACACACACACACACACACACACACACACACACACACACACACACACACACACACACACACACACACACACACACACACACACACACACACAGGGUGACACAGACCGCCGGUGAACCGUUUGCAUUCCGACGUCACUAGCCUCUUAUCAAGGUUGAACCCCUCCUGGAAAAACGGACUGACAUUGUGUUCACCACGAAUGUACCGACGCACAACGUGUGGUUGUGUUUCUGGAGGAGGGGGAUGUGUUGUACCGAUGGUUUCCCCCUCUUCCCUUUUUCAUCUGUAGCACCUCCUGCCAUGAACCCGCACUGCGAAGACCAAUUAUUAAAGCUGCUCUCACCACGUCUGGCUUCGUUUGUGCCGUGUACAGAAGCCGUGUCCCGCUGCGCGUUCGUAGAGAGACGCGCGCGCUCCACCCUCUAGCGCACCGCCGGAACCAGCCGGGAACACGACGUCUAAUUAAAACGGCUCUUGAGUUCUGUGCUUUGCCAGGAAAAGGGUGCCGUCACGCUUCCCUUGGAAGGGGCGGGAAGGCAGAGUGUUGAGGGGUUUCUAUGCAUGGAUGUGGAUGUUUUGCAGCGACUUCUUCUCACAUAUGAUGGAUGGGAGACGGAAACUGUGGAUGGAAUGGGAACAAACUUUUCAGGCGAGAACAAACACAUAUCGAAAGGCCGCCCACAACGAGGUGCAGAAUACUGAUGUAUUUAUACUGAAAGGAAAUGUAUGAAUCUGUAAUGGAGGAGGGUAUUCAGCCACCCAGGAGUAGAUUUUACGGGUGUGAUUUUCUAGCAUAUCUCAGCAAGCGUUGUUGUGGCAGCAGUGAGCAGGGUUCCUGAAUAGGAAAUGGUUUGUUUGACACUAGAAUACCAAAAUACAAACUUGUGUUGUUUGGGAGCUGCUUAACUUCGGCUGCUUUUGUCCCACAACCUGUUAUGACAGGCUGCUCAGUGUCACCUGAUUCUCGUUCUAAUGGAGGAACUCAGCCCUGGAGUGGCUCUGGAGGAAGAUCUGGCUAUUUUUAAAACGCAAGACGGCCUUCUUGAAGAUGGACGUGUGGGGCACCGGGGGAGAUGGUGAUGUUUAUGAACAAAAAUGUACUAUUUCUCGACAGGUUCCUACAGUCAUUGUAGGCAAACCGAAUAUUUGCAUAUUAGUACAUGAAGACAUCAUGAAGAGGUCUCAUAUGACUGAACUGUCUUUGUGUUUUUUGGGGAUUUAUCUCGUGCUACAAUUAUACUAUUUCUACUCAACAGGCCUGUCCACUAGUUUAAAAACUAUCUUGCCAUUGCUGGAAGCAAAUUGGUUUAGCCAAUCAAAACAUCAAGUUGAUGUGACCGAGUUUAAGCACAUUAGUGAAGAGAGCCCCACCUGCUGGGACAAAUCACAUAGAGACAUGACGCUGAAGACUAACUCAUUCACAAACCAAGUUCUCUCAUAUUGGUGUUUUAUCAGAUUGGUUCUUGGACUCAGAAACAGACUGGAGAGAAACCUGUCUCAACCAGUUCACUCAUGUUUCUGACUCCUUGAACCAAUCUGAUGAAACACCAAUAUAAAAUAACUUAAAAACCUGAUUUAAGCUUAAAGGCUUAAAUCAGGUUUUAUUGGAAUAGAAUGAGACAAAUCAAAUAAAGCCUUUAUAAAAAAAAGUGUCCCCAAAGCAGGAUUGGAACAUAAAGUCAGUGUGAUAACAGUGUUGGCAACUAUUGAUGUACAACUUAAAGAAUCAUUUAUCAAAUAAGAAUAAACAUAGAAUCAAUGCCCUUCUGUUUAAUAGACAGCGCAAAUUCAACAUCGUCAAUGUAGGGCCUGAUAAACAAUCACAAUAGUUGCAAAAAUAUUCUGUGGAGAUGUAAGGAAAAUGCAAUCUGUGCUGCCUGUGUUUUAGGCUGUCAAAGUUAAUCAAAAAUAUAAACCCCUUCUAAAGCUGUAUUGCACACAGACAACAGGUUGCAGAAACAGCGCCCUCUAGUUAAUGAGCUCCGAGAUGUUUGUCAUUCGAUCCGUUAAAAAACCCGUGAGAUGGGAAGUGAUCAUCUCUAUGUGAAGUCAGGGCCUGUGAUUAGACAUGCUAAGUGCCCACUGAGAAAACACCUCGCUAGGCCUUACUUAUCAACUCCUCCAUCAUGGAUCAGCCUUAAUGGUUUUAAUCUAGACUCAUUUAUUAAUUUGGAUUUAUGAAAGUUAGGCCAGUAUUUAUUUGAGUAAGUGCGCUCGGCUCGCGUCCUAAUUUAAGAAAGUUUAUUAGUGAAAUAGGUAAAAACUUGUAGACAUUAUGACUAUUUUCGCUUUCGUUGCUAAUUACAGACGUUCUCAUGGGGGACGUGGCUCUACAGGCCUAUAUUAUGUGUAUAAUUUUUUAUUUAAACCUACCCCCAUUGAGUUAAAUAAUAUCCAUAUUGUUGCCAAUUAAUUAAUGCUAACCCCUCUGGCAGACAGAGAAUAAUGAAC